GCUCGGACAAGCUCCCAAUUCACGCCUAUUUUUUUACAACUCAUAUACGCAAAUGUCUCCACGGUAGCACUACCGCCCCCUAGAUAUCUGGCAAAUAUCUAGGCUCCACCAUGUCGUACAAUCAGCGCGAGACUCCGAUACUCGCGGAGCUCUGCACUCUCCUAGUCGAGGAUGUCUACGGCGAAUUGGCGGCGCGCGUCUACUCCAUCCUUGCGCGCCAUGGCCGACAGACGCUCGCAGCAGUUGCUCGUGCGUCCUACCUGAACGGGCGCCAGAUCAAGUACGGCCUCGUCAUCCUCCUCCAGCAGCACCUCGUCUUCCACUCCGGCAACGACGCGUCCGUGACCUACUACGAGAUCGACUGGCAGAACUCGUACGCGCUGGUGCGCUUGGGCAAAGUGGCCAAGCUGGUCGAGGACCGCUUUGGCAAGAAGGCGGCCAAUGUCAUGUCCAAUCUUCUCGCGCUGGGCCACACGCGCAUUGCAGACCUCAAGGACGCCUACUUCCCCCCAGAGACUGCGAGCGAUGACGAGUCAGACGACGGUGUCGUGAACGGCGCCGGCUUGAAGCGCAAACGAACAAACGGCACCCAGGCGAACGGAACUGCGACCAAGACGAACGGGGUCGUAAAUGGUGUACCUUCAGAGCUAGAUGACGCGAAGCCACAUCUCGCAAGUCUCGUAAAUGGCGGCGGCGCAGUGAAUGGCAUCCACAAGACCAAUGGCACGACGCAUGAGCCAGUUGCAGACGACGCUGAGCAGGACGACGAUGAUAUUGGCUCCGUCGACGAACUUUACGAAAUCAUUCAGCGACUAAUACAACGCGGCUGGGUAAGAACAGUAACCGAGUCACAGUAUUUGUCUCCCGGUGACAUGCACGACAUGCUCCAGCAAGAGGCGAUUGAACAGGAGAAUGCAGGCGUCACCCCGACCGGUACAAAAGACAAGGACCGAGUUCACAGGGCAACUUUGAGCCUCAAACGCCAAAUGCGCGACGACUGGUUGACCGUACCAAAGUUUUCUCAAAAACGGCAAGCCGAAGAUUACAGCGGCUCCAACAAGCGAGUCAAGAUCAGCGGCGCAAAUAACUGGGCUACACCCAGUGUGUCUUCGGAAGAUAACCUGGUCAUCCGCGUCAAUCCAGAGAAGAUUGCUGUGGCCAUGCGUACCGAACACCUCGUGCAACUUGUCGAGCAACGCUUAGGAUCCGUCACCGCCGGUAUAUACCAGACCAUGCUACGUAUGCUCGAGUCGAACAUACCACGCUGCUAUGAGGAGUGGCCAGAGCCUCCCUUACCGGGUGGCGAACCACCUUUGGAAAACACGAUAGACCAUCGAUUACUUGUCACGGCUCGCGACGUCGCAAAGAAGCUUAACAGGGACCUGGAUAUCUGUGAAGGCCUAGAUCCGCAUGCCAUUGUGCACAUCACGAAAAAAGGACAUGUAGACAAAUACACCGUUCUUACCCACCCUACCGAUCCUUCCAGGCUCAGUUUAGAUGAAAGGACGUUAGUCGUGGAUAAACACAUUCAACUCCUCGCCGAAGAUCCGAUUCACUUCGUUACCUGGCAUUCCCGCGCUGGCCACUCCCAGUGGCACGUCGAGUUUGAGGAAAUCGCGAAACAGAUGAUCCAAUCCGAGGUGGAGAAUACAAUCUCUGCGAGAAAGGGUGCCUUAGGGGUGAAGCUGAUCCGUGCCCUGAGGAAGAAGGGCAAACUCGAUGAACGUGCGACUUGCAAUGCGAUGAUGAUGCCUGCGAAUGAUAUCAGAGGUAUCAUCAACGAUCUCACCGUGCAAGGCUUCGUCCAGACGCAGGAGAUUCCAAAGGUGGAGCGACGUGAAGCAAAGCAUUCACUACAUUUGGUCUGGUAUGACCGGCAACGCGCUCGCGAGAAGCUACUUCACGACACGUACAAGGGCAUGGUGCGCAUCCUCCAGCGCGUCGCCUUCGAACGCGAGAAAGUGCAGCCACUGCUCAGCAAAGCCGAGCGUUCCGACGUCAUCGGCAACGAGGAGAAGUGGCUUAGCAAAGGCGAACUCGACGCCUUGAAAAAGUGGAAAGAGGUGCAAGAGAAGCUACUUCUACAGCUAUUCCGGGAAGACGACUUGGUAGCUACUUUGCGCGAUUUCCAUGGCCCCUUGGUCUCCGUGUAACAAUAACCUGGCUUCGGCCUGUAUUAGUUGGGAGGAAAAGUUUUCUUGGUGUUCACUGGUACCCUGGAUCAGACAGGGCGACGAAAAGCAUUUUGGGAUGAAUGAUACCCCUGAGCAUAUGGGAUGGAGUUUUAUCCUUUAUCUGUAGCAUUUUCUAGGGAUUACUACGCAAUUUUAAAUUAUUUACAAUGAAUCUGGAUUCAUGCC